CAUUUUUAAUGUUUUGCCUCCAUCAGGAAUUGGAACUGAAAAUAUUCAUCCACUUCUCCAAGCCUUUUGAAAAGUGACUAAAUGCGACUGGGUCAGGUUGUCUGUGGGAAUGAAGUGGCUGGGAGAAUCCAAGAACAUGGUGGUGAAUGGCAGGAGAAGUGGAAGCAAGUCGUCUAAUGACCACCCACAGAAUCAGACCAAGUUGCAGCACACGGGAAAGGAGAACCCCAAGACUAGCAAAAAUGGAGUUGAGAGAAGAUCAAGCAGAUGUAGCGGUGCUUCAGGAUUUGAGGGCCAGAGUCGUUACGUGCCUUCCUCGGGAAUGUCUGCCAAGGAACUGUGUGAAAACGAUGACCUAGCAACUAGUUUGGUUCUUGAUCCCUAUUUAGGUUUUCAGACACACAAAAUGAAUACUAGAUUUCGACCUAUAAAAGGAAGGCAAGAAGAACUAAAAGAGGUGAUUGAACGUUUUAAGAAAGAUGAGCACUUAGAAAAAGCCUUCAAGUCCUUGACGUCAGGUGACUGGGCCCGGCACUAUUUUCUUAACAAGAACAAAAUGCAGGAAAGGUUGUUCAAGGAACAUGUAUUUAUUUAUUUACGAAUGUUUGCAACUGACAGUGGGUUUGAGAUACUGCCUUGUAACCGGUAUUCUUCUGAGCAAAAUGGAGCCAAAAUUGUUGCAACGAAAGAAUGGAAACGGAAUGAUAAAAUAGAAUUACUUGUGGGCUGUAUUGCUGAACUAUCAGAAAUGGAAGAAAACAUGCUGCUGAGACAUGGAGAGAAUGAUUUCAGUGUCAUGUAUUCCACACGGAAAAACUGUGCUCAGCUGUGGCUUGGUCCUGCUGCAUUUAUCAAUCAUGAUUGCAGACCUAACUGUAAGUUUGUAUCAACUGGCAGAGAUACAGCAUGUGUGAAAGCUCUAAGAGAUAUUGAACCUGGAGAAGAAAUCUCUUGUUAUUAUGGAGAUGGCUUUUUUGGAGAGAAUAAUGAAUACUGCGAAUGUUACACCUGUGAAAGACGUGGAACUGGUGCUUUUAAAUCAAGAGUGGGAUUACCAGCACCUACUCCUGUGAUUAACAGUAAAUAUGGACUGAGAGAAACAGAUAAACGAUUGAACAGACUUAAAAAGUUGGGUGACAGCAGCAAAAAUUCAGACAGCCAAUCCGUCAGCUCUAACACUGAUGCAGAUACCACUCAGGAAAAAGCUAAUGCAACUAACAGAAAAUCUUCAAUUGGUGUAAAAAAGAACAGCAAGAGUAGGACAAUAACAAGACAGUCUAUAUCAAGAAUUCCAGCAUCAUCAAAUUCUACCUCAUCUAAACUAACUCAUAUAAAUAAUUCCAGGGUACCAAAGAGACUGAAAAAGCCUGCAAAGCCUUUACUUUCAAAGAUAAAGUUGAGAAAUCAGUGCAAAAGGCCAGAGCAAAAGAAUGCUUCUAGAAAGCUUGAAAUGGGAAAUUUAGUUCUCAAAGAGCCUAAAGUAGUUCUGUAUAAAAACUUGCCCAUUAAAAAAGAUAAAGAAUUGGAGGGACCAGUCAAAGUUGCAGUCUCUAGUGGAUGCUUAACAAGGCAUGCAGCAAGAGAAUAUAAACUGAAUUCUGUGAAAGGUGCUCAUGAGCAUGGUGAUAUACCACCCUGCACAUAUAUAACAAGGAGGUCAAUGAGAACAAGGAUGAAUUUGAAGGAGACCUCCGACAUAAAGCUUGAACCAAAUAUGUUGGAUAGCUAUAAAAAUAAUUUGCCCGGAACACGAUCGGACGUUUUAGAGCAGCAGUCUCAUGCGAUAAAUGAAAAUGACUUGGCUCAUGGAACAUCACAUAAAGGGGAGGUGAGGUGCCAGAAAAAUGAUGCAGGCAUGUCAAAAAAGAAAUCUCGACAAGGAAAACUUGUGAAACCAUCUGCAAAAACAGAAGAAACUGAUCUUACGCACAAUACACCUGUUGAAGAUGAAGUACCGGAUUUGAUCAGCUCUCAUUCAGAACAUGGAGAAAGAAAUAAUGUAGCAGACACACCUGUUGGCUAUAAAGACUGUAUCCCUGGAUCUGGUGGCUGUUCUGUUGUAACAUCUGACAAUUUUAAAGCAAAGGACAGCUUUAGAACUGCAAAAAGUAAAAAGAAAAGACGAAUCACGAGGUAUGAUGCACAAUUAAUCCUUGAAAAUAGCUCUGGGAUCCCUAAACUGACUCUUCGUAGACGCCAUGAUAGCAGUAGCAAGGCAAAUGACCAAGAAAAUGAUGGAAUGAAUUCUUCAAAAAUAAGCAUCAAAUUAAGUAAAGACCAUGAAAAAGAUAAUAAUUUAUAUGUAGCAAAGCUAAAUAAUGGGUUUAACUCAGGAUCAGGCAAUAGUUCAACAAAAUUGAAGAUACAGCUAAAACGAGAGGAAGAAAACAAAGGGACGUACCCUGAGGACCUUCAUGAAAAUGGUAUGUGUUGUAGUGAAACACUCUCCCUUUUGGAGUCAAGAAUGGAAGUAGAUGAUUACGGUCACUAUGAAGAGGAAACAGCAGAUGAAUCUUCAUCAGAAGAGGAUGAUGAAGAGGAGGAUGACUAUGAUGAUGAAUUUGAUGACUUUAUUCCUCUUCCUCCAGCAAAGAGAUUAAGGCUCAUUGUUGGCAAGGAUUCAAUAGAUAUUGAUAUUUCUUCCAGGAGGAGAGAAGAUCAGUCUUUAAGGCUCAAUGCAUAAGCUUAUAGGUCUUAAACUGACCAGGAUGUCAUUUUUAAAAAAAUAAAAAUAAAAAACAACAAAAAUUCCAUUUGAUUAUUCCUCAACUGAAGAACUUUCUGAAAAACUUAGUGGCAGCACUUCUUUAUUGUUUAUUCACCUAUCAACGUAAUAUUGUAGAAAGUGUACAGCAUACCGACUCUUCUUAAGUCUGAUUUGUGCAAAUUUUUAUUGUACUUUUUAAUAGCCUUCUUAUGUGCAAUUCUGAGUUAGAGUAAGAGGUAAUGCUCUGUUGUAAAAUAAAGGCUCAAGCAAAGUUAUGAA